GGCGCCAUUUUGGAGUGGCGGCGAGCUGAGGCGGAGAUUGUCCCGUUCUGCGCCGCGUUCUUCCCUCUGUCCUGUCCUUUUCCGCCGCCGGCAUGAGCGUGGUGGAGCACGUACGGGAGAUGGCCUCCGCCGGCCUCCACUCGAACGUGCGGCUCCUCAGCGGGCUUCUCCUAACGAUGAGCGGCAACAACCCGGAGCUGUUUUCACCAUCUCAGAAGUACCAGCUUCUGGUAUACCACGCAGACUCUCUUUUCCACGAUAAAGAAUAUAGAAAUGCUGUAAGCAAGUAUACAAUGGCUUUGCAGCAGAAGAAAGCAUUAAGUAAAACCUCAAAAGUGAGGCCUUCUACUGGGAACGCUGCAUCAGCUCCCCAGAGCCAGUGUUUACCAUCUGAAAUUGAAGUAAAAUAUAAAAUGGCUGAAUGUUACACGAUGCUGAAGCAAGAUAAAGAUGCCAUUGCCAUUCUGGAUGGGAUUCCUUCCAGACAGAGAACCCCAAAGAUCAAUAUGAUGCUGGCAAAUCUAUACAAGAAAGCAGGUCAAGAACGCUCAUCUGUUACGAGCUACAAGGAAGUACUGAGGCAGUGCCCAUUAGCACUUGAUGCCAUACUAGGUUUGCUCUCGCUGUCGGUGAAAGGUGCAGAAGUGGCCUCCAUGACGAUAAAUAUCAUUCAGAGCAUUCCGAACUUGGACUGGCUUUCAGUGUGGAUCAAGGCAUAUGCUUUUGUGCAUACUGGAGAUAACACUAGAGCGAUCAAUACUAUUUGCUCUUUAGAGAAAAAGUCAUUGCUGAGGGAUAAUGUAGAUCUACUGGGGAGCUUAGCAGACCUGUAUUUCAGAGCUGGAGAUAAUAAAAACUCUAUUUUAAAAUUUGAACAAGCUCAAAUGCUGGAUCCUUACCUAAUAAAAGGAAUGGAUGUGUAUGGAUAUUUGUUGGCACGAGAAGGUCGACUGGAGGAUGUAGAAAACUUAGGCUGCCGUCUCUUCAAUAUUUCAGAUCAACAUGCAGAGCCCUGGGUGGUGUCUGGGUGUCAUAGUUUUUAUAGUAAACGAUACUCCCGUGCCUUAUAUUUAGGAGCCAAAGCUAUCCAGCUUAAUAGCAACAGUGUUCAGGCUCUGUUGCUGAAGGGAGCUGCCCUUAGGAAUAUGGGUCGAGUACAGGAAGCAAUCAUACACUUCCGUGAAGCGAUACGUCUUGCGCCUUGCAGGUUGGAUUGCUAUGAGGGUCUCAUUGAAUGUUACUUAGCAUCUAACAGUAUCCGGGAAGCUAUGGUUAUGGCAAAUAAUGUGUAUAAAACUCUGGGAGCAAAUGCACAGACACUCACUCUGUUAGCAACAGUCUGCCUUGAAGACCCAGUGACACAGGAGAAAGCAAAAACAUUACUGGACAAAGCACUGACACAAAGACCUGAUUACAUUAAAGCUGUGGUAAAGAAAGCAGAACUUCUUAGUAGAGAGCAGAAGUAUGAAGAUGGAAUUGCUUUGCUAAGGAACGCACUGGCUAACCAGAGCGACUGUGUUCUGCAUCGAAUACUGGGAGACUUCCUUGUAGCUGUCAACGAGUACCAGGAAGCAAUGGAUCAGUACAGUAUUGCCCUGAGCUUGGAUCCAAAUGAUCAGAAGUCACUAGAAGGAAUGCAGAAAAUGGAAAAAGAGGAAAGUCCAACAGAUGCAACCCAGGAAGAAGAUGUGGAUGAUAUGGAGGGAAGUGGAGAAGAGGGGGACUUGGAAGGCAGUGACAGUGAGGCAGCCCAAUGGGCAGAUCAAGAGCAGUGGUUUGGCAUGCAGUGAUGGAUGCUCUUCCCAAUGCUUGAUCUGGCACAUGAGCAUACCACUAGGGCCACUCCUUUCUGAACUCUGAUUUUUGCAGGAACAGAAGACUUACUUUUUUUUUUUAAUCUUUUUUUAAUUUAAUAGAACUAUUAAAUGGUUUCAGUCUAUGCAUCUCAAUGCCAUGAAGAUUCUUGAUGCUUCUUAUUUAUUAAGCAUAAGGGAAUAACUGCAGUGGAAGUUAUUUGCAACUUUCAUUUAAAAAAACCCAACGUACUAAAACCAAAAGCAUUAGAAUCUAAAGUUUCUAGAAGCCUGUUGUUUUUGAUGAAAACUGUCUAAGUUGUGUUCAGGGCUAAGUGUGCUUUAUCAAUUUGUAAUUAGUAUUUUGGUAUGCCUUUGUGAAAAAGGUCUUCCCUUGUUUGUAGGCUGUGAUUUGGGCUCACACUCCUGCUGAAGUCUUGAGGAGUCACUUGGCUGUGGCUGGAACCAGCAUUUUUCUCUUGCUGUGUUGAAUUACUGUCUUUUUACAAGGCAUUGCAUGUGGUGUAAAGAAGUUUGGAACCCCAGGCAGCUUUGAGCUAGGGGACACUUUUGUAGCUGAUUGAUUUAUAUGUGUACAGAAUCAAACCAGUCCUUACUAAACCUUACAAUCUGUCUGUACAUAAACGUUAACUUUUAAAUGCAGUUUAGUUUUACUUCAGUGUGUUACUAAAGGGUUUUACAGCAGUGACUCAAAGCACUUUGCAUUCUGCAUACAGGAGGUAUAAGAAGAAUUCAUCCUGUUCACGUUUCUGUAAAAAUGUUAAAUUGUACAAAUACAUAUCAUCUUGUUUUUGUCAUGUUUAGAUACUUUUUGUCAGAUAAUAUUUGAAUCAAUGUUAUCACUUCAGCAUCAUCUCUUUGAGGGUGAUCUUUGUGUAAUCUAGAAAUUGUUUCAGAUCUGUGGGCUUGAUGCGUAGGAGGGGGAAUUACUUUGUGCUGUUACAUUUCUUACAUUCUGUUUUCCUUACAUUUCCUGAAACAUCUUUUUAUAUUGCCAGUUUAAUCUCUUUCAUAUUUAUUCUGUUCCCACAGUUAUGCUGGUGCAGACAGACCUUAAUACAGGGCUAAAAAGCAGUUCAGAAUAGCAGCUAACAGAGGAAUACCUAUUUUAUACUAAUACCUGACAUGGAGAACAAGCGUCCUCUAACUGUAGGAGUACAAUGCCAAUAAGGGUAAAAGCUCUUCUUCUGUAAUGUCCUAUAUAAAUUAGAAAAAUGCACAACAUAGAUUACUCUUCUUACAGACUAUUUUUGAAGUAUUUUGCUAUAUCACAUCCCUAAAAAGGAAUCUAAUAUUUGAUCACUUAAAAACAAGCAGAAGAGCUGAAUAUCUAUUCUCUCUGGAAUCCUGGGUGCUUUAGACUUGCUAAAGUAUUAAAGGGAGUUAUGCUUAGUUGAAGAUUCUGUGGGAGGAACAGAAAAGCAUGUGCUGCUAUCUUGGUGGUUGAAUUGGCAUAAGUUGUGACUGCUCUGUAAUUAAAUAAAUACACUGAACAGCUUCAUUUUAGUUACAGUGAACAUUCUGCUAAUUGCAUUCUGAUGUAUGAGGGAGCAGAACCCUUUUUUAGAAUGAGGAAUGUAACUGCUAACAGCCUUCAGCUCAUUGCCUAUUUUUUGUAACAGGAAGAAAUACAGAUUUACAAGCAAAUUGAAACUUUUUUUUCCCUCCUCAGGCUCAAGCAUUCAUCAAAUUGUAUUCUAUGUCUGAAAGGUAGGUAGGGUCAGCAGCUUUCUAGGUGUUACUUCAACCCUUCCUACUGGAUCAAAGAAUGGGCUUCUUAAUGUUUUUAAAACAAUUAGUAUUUGACAAGAGAAGUGAAUGAGGUAUGUGGUGCAUAGCUUGUGAGCCAUUCAGCCAUUUUAUUCUAAUCUUCCUUUAAAUUCACUGCAAGCUACAGGUGAAAACCACUGGUAUUAAGCAUUUCUCUGAAACAGUGUUUACAUAGAACAGGAAACCUGAGAACCACAGUUUUACUGAAUCAUCCUAUAGUGUGUCUGUUGAUUAUCUGAUAAAGUGAAGCUGAGUGUGCUGUUCGAAAACAAAACCAGAAAAUAUCAGUGUGCUUAUGUGCAACUAUAGUAACCAAGUUCACUUACACCUAAGAGCACCUUAAGAGAGCCAUCAAGAUAGAGUUGUAUCCUUGCCACUUUGUUUUUGUCAGAACUUUGCUCCUUACUGAAGGUGAACAUUUUUGUCAAAUGACACAUAGAUCAGUAUCGUAAUGUGAUGGAAAGUACAGUGAUAGUAGCAGGGUGGCACAACCCUAGGCUACAGCAAAUGAGAGCAAGUCCAAAUACAGCAGCUGUAGACACAGAAACAAAGAAAAACUGCUUACCAUUGGAAGACCUCCAGUAGGCAGGGAUCUCCAGAAAGAUACCCUCACCUCCACUGCCAACCCUUAAAUGAGGGCUGGGAAGGGCUGGAUCCUGGCUCCACCCCUCACUGUCAAUCAGGCACAUUGCCUGCACCUGAGCUCCCCUAGGUUGGCCCUGCCUUCUCACCAGGUGCUCAAUUGCUGCUUCAAGCCACAGCUUAACAUUUCUGCUACAAGUACCUACAGAAAUGUUUGUAUUAUGGUUAUAUUGCUUGUUAUAGUAUUUGCUAUUAGUGGUACUGUAAGGGACUGAGGAAUUUCAAUGUUACGUGUGCUGAAUGCAUUUGAUAUUAUAUAGAUAGAUGUACUUUGCACCAGCUUCAGAAAUUCAAAGGGGUCCUUGGUUAUCAAUGAGCCUUCAUUAGUGCUUUAAUUUUAGAAUAUGAUCUCUAGAUUUGCAUAGAUUUUGUGCUCUCAAAUUAAUCUACUGGUUUUCUAGUUUAGGGACCAGAACAAGUAGUCCCUAAUAAGCAGUUGACCUCAUUCUGUCCAUCAGUCAUAGUGCACGCUAGAAGAGAAGAUAAUAAAGCCAAAAACAGACGUUCCAUCUGUUACAUCUGUGAUGUAAGCUCCCAGAAGUGAAGCAGUUCUUAGGUGACACCAAAAAGCAAUUGACAUCCAGUUGUAUUCUGCAGCACGUGCUGUUCUCUGGGGUUGCAUAAGGAUAAAGGGACUGUGUGCUUGAAAUGCUGACAGCUGUGUUUGACUUUUAAAUCACAGAUGUCAUUAGCAGGUUUUGAAUUCUGUCCUGCUUUAUGAACAGAAGGAUACAGAAGUGAUGUCAGGGGACAGAGUUUGUUCAAACCUGAGGUCCUUAUAUAGACUUGUAUGGGCUAAAAGUCUUAAUUUACUGGAAUCUACAAGCAUCAUGCAUUGAUGAUGGGGCUACUAAAUAUCUAAAUAUUGUACAGGCAUGUGGCUUGGCCAUGCUUUCUGUGAUGUGCUGAUAACACCUGGAAUACCAACAGCAUUUCUGAUUUCUAGAUCUUGAGAAGCUGGAAUUGCGAAGUAGAGAGAAUAGAAGGAGCUGAAGACUACUAGCCAAUAGGAAAUGUUCCUAUUUGAAGUGCUUUUUCUUCUUAAAUUAGCACUGGUUAUGGAGAUUAUUUUGGAUUAACUAGGGCUUUUAUUUUCCUUUGAGUGAUUGUUUUCCUCAUUGAACCUGUUUUUUGUAGUGAUCCUUCUAUCCUUUUCAGGAGCUCAGUGAUGCAGAAAUUGAUCCUUCCAGGACAGAGGCAAGGAGUAUUUUUUAUUCAGCAAACCCUGCUUUAAAAUCUAUGUCAGGAACUAUACUGCUAUUGUUAGAUCCCCAAACCGUUUGCACACAUCAAUAUUUUGACAGGAUGACAAAGAAAGAAGGAAAAGGAAACUGAUCUCCAAACUUCUGAAGUCCUCUUUGCCUCUCCUGAGAGAUGGUUCAAAGCAGGGAAGCAGUUUUAAAUGGAGGCUUUUGCAAUGUAAACAUCUGUCAGUGACCCACCACAGUGAAAGCUUCCCCUGCACAUUCCAUGCAGAGCAUUAAACAACCAUUAGCAUUAAGGUUAGCAAAGCAUGCACACGGCUCUAGACAGUAAGUGAAAACAGACUAUUCUUUCUAUUUUGCAUCAACGGUGGUGAACACGGACUGCCCAAACAGCUUCACUUAAUACACAGGAAGUCAUUACAUUGAAAUUUCCCACAUGAACAGUUUACUCUUCAUUGAGAUGUUUCACCACAGCCUUAAGCCACAGCUCCAACACAGCAAUUCCACGGCAUCACAGUUCCCAGCACCCCCCUCGACAUCCUCCUGUCAACGAGCCUUUUGCAGGGCCAUGAAGCAAACACAUAAAGGCUUUAGAAAUAAAGAGUAGCAUUAGAAACAAACAAACAAACAAAACACAAAGGGAAAAAGGUUUGCAGAGUUAGAAAGAUAAAGUCAGAUGGGAGAGCAGUAUGAAUAUUGCUGAAGGAAGUUCAGGAAUCACUUCCUGUCUAAGAGAUACCUACCUACAAUAUUCUUGGAUAACUUAUAAUUGCGAUAGCAGACCUAACACUAAAAAUUUCCUUACAGCUAAGAUCCUAGGGUCACAUCUCCCAGGAGAGGCAAAGGACUUCAGAAGUUUGGAGAUCAGUUUCCUUUUACUUCUUUCUCUUUGUCAUCCUGUCAAAAUAUCAAUGCGUGCAAACAGUUUGGGGAUCUAACAGUAGCAGUAUAGUGCCUGACGUACAGAUUUUAAGAAAGGUGGAAUUUUUUACCUCUAUCCCUUCACAGGCUGUACCAUUCUUAAGGGAGAACGGAUGACAUCUGCUGAACUGGCAGUCCUGCUCUGUGUCCUGCCUGCAUGAAGUUGGACCGGUGUGUGGCAUGGCAGGAAACUGUCCUUGCCUUCUGAAAUUUGCCUUUGGGCACUUCAGCUGUCUUUUUAUUUCAGCUGUCAGCUGUGUGUUUCAGAGCACAGUGAGCCUCAGAGUGCUUGUUCAGAGGAAAAAGGAGGGGAAAAAGCCCACAUCCUGAGACUUGGACUUGAUCUAAAUUUCUAAAAUAUUUACAGAGAACAAAAAGUCCAAUUACAUCAAAGUCGCCUGACAGGCGGGCGGCAGCAGCACGCUUUGCUUAGCUCAUGGGGGGUUUGGUGACUUGGAACGUCUCCCAGUUGGGCUCUCCAGGCUGGGAGAGUUCAGCAGUUGGCAGAGGGGUGAUGCUUACACUGGCAGUAGAUCCAAGAGCUUGGGUUGAGCUGGCGGCACAAAAGGCCCUGCUCCUCUGUUGGCUGGAGGGGUGGCACAUUGCCCCCUGCCUUGCUACAAAGGUCAUUAAGAUGCCAGCCCUUUCCCUGAACUGUUAAACAGAUUGUUGUUGUUGUUCUGCUUUUAGCCUAAUGCUUAUUGUAUAAUAUUUUGUGUUCUUCCUUGUCAUGCAGUAGGGUUUGAUGUGCUGAAGCUGGUAACUUGGCUUCAUCUUGUUGGAAUACUAAGCAGUUUUCCAGGAAACUGAAGCAUGAUGACAUCAGUAGAGCGAGAGCAGCAGUCUGCAGAUAUGAAUCUUCUUUAUACUGGUCUAUGUAAGCUGCAGUCCAUAUGGUUCCUGAAAUAAAUGUUUGUAAAACCUGUCUGCUAGGAAGCCAGCAAAUAGCUGCAGUCUGUGACUGAGGAGCUUUUCAGCUUUGGGGUCCUAGCAGUCAGACAGAACUGGAAGGAAGCCUCAGUGUUUGUGUCUCCUGCUUAAGUCCAUCAUCAAGGUGAGAAGGAGGCAGUGUUGGUAUGGACUGAACUGUCCCUGUCAGUCUGGUAGACCUAUGUGACCUAGAAUGCAGGUCACUAACAAACUUGCACGGAACACACACUUUCAUUCCUCUGUAGUUCAGUUAUCUCCUCUGUUGAGCUGUCUGACUGAAGGGUGGGAAGUUUGGCAUUAUUCUGAAAUCUUUAUAUUAGUGUCAGUUCUAGCUGACGUGGGUGACUGCUGCAUUCUGGUGUUGUUACUGAUUGUUACAAAAGGAGAUACAUUGUGGAGACAGUCUUUAAUCUUUCCUUGGCUCCUUAGGACAGCUUUUAACAGGUAGAAAGGAAGGGGACUCCUGCUAACCUGUGUCUGUUGUGCAGGGGAUGCUGUGCUGAAGCCCAGCCAGUUCAGUGAUGCUGGAAGAUUCUGUCAAGUGUUUACUGCCCUUACUGCAGUGUUGGGCUCUAAGUAGUUUCAAGGACCUUCCACCCAAUUACACUCCAGCCCUGGAAAUAUUUUGAGUUUUUGCGAAGGGAGUUUAACCCUUCCUCUGCUGCACUUUGUUUUCAACUUCUGUUCUUGCUGCCUUUAUUGCCUGAGAAAAGUGAACAGGAAACAGAUUGCUUUAAUCUCCCGUGGUGCCAUCAUCGACCACCCAUGCCAUAAAUUCUUAUGCUUUAAUGAUAAAAAAAAUGUUUUAUUUGCAUGAAGGGAAAUGUUACCUGGACUCUGCUCUCUGCUGUUGGUCUCCCCUGCCCUGAAGGGAGGGAUAAGUGUGUGUCCCAUGUCCAUCCCUGGGCAGCCCCUAGUGCCCACCUUAGUGCCCACCCUGUUAGUGCCCACCAACAGUGCUGCCUGUUCACUGGGAUGUCAGCAGGGGGAACUGAGUGGUCUGUGGGAUGUUGGCAGUGGGGCUUUCACUGAGAUGGAGUGUCUUGGUGAGGGCUUCAGAGACAAAUGCCAGCUGUCAAGGGGAGGAGAGGAGCUCUUAAUCCUAUUAUGCUUUAAAAGCAGUGGGAGAGCAGCUAUGUUUUGUGAAAGGUUGGGUGGCAUUUGUGUUUCAGCGUACACCUGUCAGAUAAAGGCCCUCGUGGUUUAGGGUGGGAACUAAUGUGAGUGUGGAACCUGAGUAGGUGCAGGGAAGAGCUGAAUGUUGAGCUGGAACCAGUGCAGAGCUGAGUAUACACAGAAAGGCAACAUCAGGUGUGAGAGCAAUUCCAGGAAGAGAAGAGAAGGGAGUCUGUGCUCCAGGGUCAGGGUCAGCUUGAAAAAGGAAUUUUCUAGGAUUUUAGGUGCUUGAAUUUCAUUUCAGCACAAUUAUUAGCUCUUUCCUUCCACCCAGACAAAGGGAACAUCCUGUUUCCCCACUGCUGCAGCCAGCCAGCUGCAGCACUGGCCUUUCUCUGUUACAUGUGCUAAUACAGAUCUCGUGCAGCGCAGCAUACACGUUCAUCCUCCAGGCUAGUUUUGGCACUUUGCAUACCACUUCUUGCUCUUUUAUUGCAGAAUCUGAUUGACACAAUGCUGCAACGUCAGUAGAAAUGUCUGCAGUGUUUCUCUGGGAGGUUCUGUAAUUGUGGAAGGUGGAAAACCUGUUAAAGCAGAUUCAGGGUGCUUUGGGAACUUGGCCUUGUUUUCUGAGAGGCCAUCAGUUUGUGUGCACUGUCUGAUGGACGGAGUCAAUGCCAUGGCAAUCUCCUUCUGGUUUUCUUUUUGAUCUGCAAAAGGUUUGGGAGAUGUGUUCAAGAGCAGCAUGGGUUUUGGCAAGCAGUCCGUAAUGAGUCGGUACUGUCUGACUGGGGCUGAGGCUUCCAGCACCUGCGUUGUUCUGCGGGUGUGUGGCUGUUGUGUCAUCAGCUCACUGAAGGUACAAAGCCUACACUUGGUGGGAUGUCCUGAGAAGAGGCUGUCAGGGGUUUAGGUGUUGUGGUGCUACAGGAUUUGGUGUAACUUCUCUCCUGAGACAAACAGUCUCAGUGUUUUUGGACUCUCUGAGAAAGAGUCCACUGCAGUAUGGUGAGAUGAGGAAAAUUGGUACAGAAUUCUUGGGAGGACUUCCAUCAUAAUAGGUCUGGUUUUGGCAUGGGCAGCCAUGCAUCAGCCAGGCUGCGGGCAGUGGGUUUGAUUUGCCAGCAGCAGGAAGGACAUGCACCUGGAUGAGCUCCCUAUGUGCCCAUGUUUCACCUGCUGAAGGUUAUUCUCAUACCUCAACGGCCGUAUCUGGAGGAGGGCAGUGAUAAGAGAAACUUUUAUAUUAUGCAAUCUGUCUGGGGUGUCAUGCCUCGCUGAAUGCAGGGGAGGGCAGGAAUAAGUGCAAGACCGAAACGCUUGGUGUUUUGCAAUCACGGUGUGCUGGAGCUGUGUGACUUGGUUACGAAUGCGUGAGCUGGUCGCAACUUGAUUGUUAGCCUCUGAUGUUAUCUUACCCCAAUGAACUUGACACACCAGGUAGUUCCUGGAGGCUGACCAUCGUUCGGGAACAAGGCUGGGGAAUUUUUCUUCUCCUCAAGCUGGUGAGUCAGCAAAAUCCGCUGGUGGGAUGAUGUGCAAGUGAAAAUUGCACUGCCUCCACAAGACCUGAUUAUAUAAGUAUAAAUGGAAGUUUCUAGAUGCUCUUGUGACAUUGUGCAUUUCUCUCAAGCUGCUCCAGGAGGCUGAUGGGGUAACUCACCCACAUGAAUACAGGUCCCACAGUCUCUGUUUAAACCAGAGCGGGGACUUGGCUUUACCAAGCAAAUAGCCAGCGCCUGCUACAUGGUGUGGGAAGGCUUCCGUGCCCUUCCCAGCCUGGUGGCUGUGGGUGCCCAGAGGAGUGGGCUGGAUUGGAAGUGGCAUCUUGAAGCAGGAGUCUCUUAGGUUCUGCUGCUGCUGGUCGGGGCUGUUCAGGGCUUUGUGCUCUGCCACAGGCUGCUGCUGAGGAGCACAGCCCCUUCUGAGGUGAACUUGCAGUGCUCCUUCAGCAAGAGUAAAGCUAACCUACAUUUUUCACGUCAGCCUCUGGUUGCUGCUCUUAAUGCUGCCCCACUUAUCUACAUGUUUUGUGCAGUGUCCUACAGUGGGCUUUGCAGAGCCUCUGGGCUCAGCUGCAGCUUACUGCUAGUGAGGUGUCCAUCAUGGACAGCCAUUAGAUUUGCUCCUUAUUUAUUGUGCAUCCUUGUUUUGGGGGCUAAAUAAGCUGCAGCAGGCACGGGUUAGGUUGCUGAGGAAAGGGGUUGGCCUGUGGUGGGGAACGUCUAAAGGGCAGCUGUAUGGGGUCAGGGAUGUAUGGUGCUCCAACAGCGUUUGCUGUAGAGCACUUAAACUGUUGCGGGUGAAUUGUUCUAGUAUAAUGUCUUAAAGCUCUGCAGACUAAACGGGAGCAGGAGGGAGGCUGCCUCCUUUCUUCUGCUGCUUCUGCAGGCUUGGCCUGGGGGUUUUCCUGAGGCUUUUUCCUCCCUGAAGUUGUGAAGCAAAUUUGCUCUCUCCUCUACCAAAUGCUUUUCUCAUUUCUCUCCCACCACUGUGGAGGUGGGUGUGGGUUUUAAUCUUACACAAUUAAAUUCACCUCAAUGUAAAAAUGGGGCUAUUUCUGCCCUCUGUGCUGCGUUUGAUGCAAUGUGUCUGUAAUGCCUGAGAGCUGGGGGAGCUGUGGGCGUGGGCCCACCCCUGCACUGCUGUAGGGCCAGGGUGUCACGGGGAGGUGAGGAGGGGGAAGAUGAAGCUAUUUAUCUCAGCAUCUCUUACCCCAUACCCUUAUGCACGAAUACUUAGCAAUACUGCUUGCAGUUCGCUUGGGGGACUGGUUAAGCUUGCAGAUUCUAACUUAAAAAUGUUUAAAAAUAAGAGUUUGGUCUUUGCAAAACUAGACUUCAGCUGCCUUGAGCUGAUGAAAUGAGCCUCAUUUUUUUCUCAUGGUUUCCUUAGAGCCAAGCUGGAGACAUUAAUGAGGUGCUUUCUUCCACUGUGGUGCAAACAAAUUAUUUUAAUUGUUUAACUAGUUGUCCAUCUACAGCAUCACAGACACGUGCCGCUGCCUUCUGGUGUCUGUGCAGCAGCAGCAGAACAGCUUGCUGGGUUAUUUGGUGACUGCGCUGCGGUGUGUGCUGAAGCCAGCCUAUAAAUACGGCGGAGGGAAGAGCUGUGGCUGCAGAUAAGCACUGAGCGCUGCUCUCGGUUCUGACAGCUUUGGCCCAGAGGUUAGGAGCAGAGCUCAGCUCGCUUAGAGCAACACUACCAUAGUAGGAAGCAGCCCAGAAAAGCAGUUCAGCCCCAUGUAUUAGCACAGCACCCAGCAUCAUAUAGUGGAGCUGAACAGUGGAAUUCAGCUUUAGUAUUUUUAAACCUCGUGCUGUUGUUUUUGAAGGGUCUCAGACGUCACCUAAUUUGGAUAACACUGUCCGCGAGCACUGUGCUGGUAUCACAGCCCAGAGUUUAAGAGGCAUUACAUUUAAUUUAAAACACAUUACUCGCUUUUGAAGUUGCUUAUUUAGAGAGGCUCUGCUUGUACCCUUACUCCCCUCCUCUUACUCCAAACAAAACUUAGUUUAUGAGAUUUAGAGCAGAGCAUCAGAGGACACUUGGCAGAUGUAGCUUUUAUCCCUUGAGUACUUUAGUCUUGCUUAAUGCUUAAGGAGGACUGGGAGCCUGUGGGUGGGUGCAGGUUUUGGGAACAGAGAGAGCCCCAGUGCAGCUGAGUGCAGGCAGGAUGGAGCAAGCACACAGGUGGUUCGUCUUCCUUUGUCUGGGGAAGAAGAAAAAACCAAGCGCAGCUACUAAGGCCUGAAAGGAUUUAGAAAAUAGAGAAGGACAAAAAAUGAACGUGUAAUUGGGAAAGAAAUGUUUAUUUUAAGUUUAUCAGAGGGAUUUACAAACAAUGGAGCAUUAAAAAAAAAAAAACUGAGUGAUCAAACUACUUGACAGUGUCCCUUAAACACGCACACAAGCCCCUGGGCAGAGGAAAUCACACCAGCGAGGAGGUCAUAGUGCUGGAAGAGCAGCUGGCAUCUGCAUAGUUCUAGAAGGAAAGAGUGCAAUGCUGUUGGUGUGAGAAUGUGCCAUCCGGCAUUAAGGUAAGAACAGGCUGAAGGACGCACACAUGUACCUGCAGAAAACAAAGUGCAUCAAAUAACACGCCAGGUAUGUAUUGUAGAAUAAAUUUAUUUACCCGAUACAAAUGAAACUAGGUGUGAUGCUUCUUACUGUCAGCAUGGAAGUAGACAACUGAUCUUAUUUACAGCUUCUAAAGGUCAUACAUGCAGUUGUAACUGGCGGAGUCGUUUGCUGCUGUCUAAAUGAAUGCAUCACGAGAUUUUGUAUUGCACCAACAUCUGUCUCACUGCCUUAGAGUUAAAUAAGUUACAGUACAGUGCAAAACAGGUCGAUUUGCACACAUGAUAAAAAACCCAAAGUUAUGAACCAGAGGCUUACAGUUUAACAUUCAGCUGUAGUCUUGUCCAUGAAUUUUAUAAAUAGGAUCGCAUUGUACAUAAGCUGUUAUAGAGCAGUAUGUUCGGAUGAUACGAUACAGAUUUGUCUACAACCCAAGGCAUGCAUUAUUUCGAUAUUGUACAUUUUAUAAACUGACAUUUUACAUACAGGAAUAUGGAAAAUUGGCCACAGCUCAGCGCUUCUUGUUCAGGGAUAAACAAGCUCUUCUCCAUGCAGCACAGAACCCAAACUCCUCUGGAGAGAGUUUCCCAUUCUGUAAGCUAUAUUGCACGUUUGUACAUCUGAAGUCCUACUGGUACCACACAUUUUCUUCCACAGAGAACACAAUGAGCUUUGUUUUGAGGGAAAGCAAAGAAUCUUUACACAUGAUACAUGCAGCAGUUUUGGUAGAUGUGUUGCUAAAAACACAUGCACGCAACAAAACAACCUCACAUUUCUGCAAAAUUGUUUAGGAAGUGAUUACUCCAGUAUUGCUGAAAAGGAAAGAAAGAAAAGGUAUCAGUUAAUGAAAGGAUGAAUGCUAAGUACCAUUCUAAAAGCAAGACUAAGAUCAACAGUGACAGAAGAAAGAAUGUUAAGUCUGAUAACCAACUGCUCUGUCAUUGAAGGGACACUCUCAGGUUACUUUGAAAGCCGGGGCACUCAGGAGCCUCUCUCGGCUCUCCUCAACUCAGCAGAGCUGCCUUUACCAUCAGCGCACGGCAGCACUCCCUGCCAAAGGCUGCAAGGGAAAGUCAGGUAUGUUUGGGCAGCUCCCGUGCUUCCCUGCCUCGAGUCUCACGUUUUACUUCCAAGUUCUCACAUUACACACUCGGAGCUUUUUUCUCCCCAAUCUAAAAAUACCUUCAAGGUGGUUGUUUUUUUUUUUUUUCCCCUAAUUGAGACAUUAUAUUGCGAAUUUGGCCCAGGAGUGACCCAACAAUGUCCCUCUUUCCAGUUUUGCAGCUCGUUCUGCGAAGCAGUAGGAAAGCUUUGAAGAAGUCAUUAACUAUGCAGAUUAAUGUGUAGGCAAAGGGUAGAGUACAACCCAGCUCGCAGUGUCCUUCACCCCUGCACCGCAGCACCAGGCCGCCCUUGUGUCAGGAAGAAGGGCAUAUCUCUGACUGCCUGGGACUGAAUGGUGGCUCUUCCAAACACUGCUUCGACACUAAAAUUUAGCUUCUCCUGCUAGGAUUUGAGGAUGCAUGAUAUUAAUGUAAUUAAGGAUGUAAUUAGCAGAGAUUAGGGAAACAGUUAAUGGUUAGAAGUGCAAAAAGGUAAACAAGACAGGUGCAAGAGACAGACAGCUUUGUAUCAGUUUCACCUCCCUUCAUCUCAGCAAAUUCAACCAUCUUGAAGCAGUUACCAGAUAUAUUCUGUGCAUCAGCUGUGUUCUUGGAACAGUGACAGAGGACUGCUGUACUGCAUUUUAUCAUCAGAUUAAGAACUCCUUUCCUUACCAUUAGAUUUUUCCAGAACGGCCCCUCUACAACCACGACCUUCACAGCACUCUGAUGGACUGGGAUGUAUUUUCCUGCAGCUUCUUUCAUACUGAUUUUUUUUUUUUUUUGUAAUAAUGCUUUGGGCAAAAAACCAUGAACUGAUUUCAGUGCCUGGGCAACAAAAAGGCACAGCUCGUUGUGGAGCUCAGAACUGAGACUUGGAACCACUCACAUGUGAAAGCUGGGAGCCCGGGGCACCGCAAAGAUAAAAGCUUUUGUCUCCAUGCUGCCAACACAUGACUGCAGCUGCCUGACCAUCAUCUUUGCUCUGAUUUGGAGCAGUCCACAGAGCACUGAAUUCAGGAGGAGCAUAGGCCUGUAGCCUUGGUGUUCCAUGCACCAUCCAUCACAAUGGAUACUAAUCUCAUCCCACCCCCCC